AAGUCAGCAUCUUAUGAGCAGCAACAGUUGAUUUAUCAGUCAGUAGUUUGUGAGAAGAAGCGAAGCGCGCCCUCUAGUGGUGACGUCCUAUUAAACAUAGGAGUGACGCUCUUCUCUACACUAAACCCGCUGACCAAUCAUAUUGCCUGAUAAAAGCAGUUAGACCAAUAGAAACUCUUAACCUCAGUUACCAAGCAACGCGUGGGGUUUAGGUUGCCGUGCCAUAAGGAAGAAAGAGACACGCGUAAAGAAUCACAUCAAAUUCUGUGUUUUGAUCAUUUGUGCGCUGUUGUGUUUAGUCUGAUGGUGAAGUUAAGAGCGAGAUGUGUUGUCGUGGGAGAUGCAGCUGUAGGGAAGACUUCUCUCUGUCACAUGUUUCGCAGUGAUGGUGCUGUGUUUCAGAAGAACUACAGUAUGACUGUUGGUGUUGAGCUGAUGGAGAAAUCAGUGUCCAUUCCUGACACCAGUGAUAGUGUGGAGUUUUAUAUCUAUGACUCUGCUGGACGAGAGUUGUUUGCAGACGCCUGUGAGAACGUUUGGGGUCAACCGUCUGUGAUCUGUGUGGUUUUUGACAUUACCAGUGAAGCCUCGUUCACCAGCUGUAGUCGAUGGGUUGAGAGAGUUCAGUCUCACUGUAAUGGACUGCAGGUACCAGGCGUACUGGUGGGUAAUAAGUGUGACCUGUCAUCCAGGAGAGAAGUGGAGACUUCUGAAGCUCAGACCUGGGCUCAGACUCACGGGCUUCAGUACCACGAGACAUCUGCUAAGGAAAUCGGACAGUUUGAAGCUCCGUUCCUGAGUUUAGCUCAGAUGUUUUACUCCCACUAUCAGGAUCAGAUACAGACCACCAAGAGUCUUCUUUAAACUUCUCUGCUUUUGUUUGUCAGGUUUCAUUAGUGAAUGUUUGUUUUUGUGGAAAGUCACAAAUAUUCAUGUGAUCUGAACAUAAUGUUUCAUGAUUUCAUAAUACUGUUUUAUAGAGUUCUGAAUAAAGAUCUUCAUAAAGAA